AUGGGCUCAACUUACCCCCCCCAGGGGACGACUACGAGGCUGACGGCCGCCGACGAGGAUGCCUCGGCCAAGGCUGCCGGCGAGAACGUGGCAAAACAGGCCUUCCACGAGUGGCCUAAUGAGGCCGGCUUUGACGGCCUGACCGAGCACCGCGGUCCCAUUGAGCUCAAGGUCAAGGGCAAUAUCCCAACCUGGGCAGCCGGGUCCCUCUACCGGACCGGUCCGGGCCAGUGCAAGGUCGAAGACACCAAGUCGGGCACCGUUCACAUCUCGCACUGGUUUGACGGGCUCGCACACACCCAUAGGUUCGACAUCGUCUCCGAAGGCCCGACAGUGCGUGUGUACUACUCGUCGCGCCGCCAGUCCGACAAGGCCACCGCCGACAUCAAGGCCGCCGGCACAUUGCGGUCCAUCUCCUUUGGCCAGAAGAUAGAUCCAUGUGUCGGCCUCUUGGGCAAGUUCAUGAGCGUCUUCCACAAGCGGCCCGAUCUCUACAACGUCAACGUGACGGUAAAUGUCAACUCGCCCAUCUUCAAGUCGCCGGCCAAGACCGCCGCCGACGUACAGGGCCACCGCGUGACCAGCAUCGUCCUCGCAACCGACGCCGCCGUCAUGUGCGAGAUAGAUCCCAAGACCAUGGACCCCCUCAACUUCCCAAAGCACUGCAAGCUCCACCCGGACCUCAAGGGGCCACUCGGCGCCGCCCACGGGAAGCUCGACCCAGAAACGGGCGACUACAUCAACUACAACCUCGACCUCGGCAAGCAGCCCAUGUACCGCAUCUUCCGCGUCAGCGCCGCCACCGGCAAAACUGACAUUCUCGCCACCAUUCUGUUCAAAGCUGCGUAUAUCCACAGCUUCUUCCUAACACAGAACUACAUCGUCCUCUGCGUGCCCGUGGCGUACUACAAGUGGAACGGCCUCAAGAUCCUUUUGGAAGGCAAUCUGCUCGACUCGUUCAAGUGCUUCGACCCCUCCGACACUUGCCGCUGGUUUGUCGUCGACCGGCGCCACGGCAGAGGCGUGGUCGCCGAGUUCGCCUCCCCAGCCCGCUUCUUCUUCCACAGUGUCAACGCCUUCGAAGAAGUCUCGACCGGCGACAUCCUCUGCGACGUCAUCGACUACCCCAACCGCUACAUCAUCGACGGUGCCUACUACGACGUGCUCCUCAACCGCAACGGCAAGACCGCCGCGUUCUGGACGGGCCAGCAGACGCACCAGUCCUUCCCGCAACUCAGCCGGUACCGCCUACCCAAGCAGGCCUUCACCACCAGCCCCCAAGUCAAGUUACUGCCUUCAUCCCCCCAGAUUGUCAUGCAAAUUCCCUCCCCGCACGCAGGCGACAUGCCGACCAUCAACCCGUUGUACCGCUGCCGGCGGCACCGGUAUGCCUACAUGCUCGUCUCGCGCGGGCUGAGCACGCUGUUUGACGCCAUCGCCAAGAUGGACGUCGACAGGCGCGAGGUGCUUCGCUGGGAGGGGCCGAGGGGCCACACGCCUGGCGAGGCCGUCUUUGUGCCGCGUCCGCGUACGGAAGACAACGGAGAUGAGGUGCGGGAGGAGGAGGAGGAGGAUGAUGGGGUGUUGCUUAGCAUUGUGUUGGAUGGGGAGAACAGGACGAGUUAUUUGUUGUGUUUGGAUGCGAGGACUAUGACGGAGCUGGGGAGUGCCGACUGUGAGUUUGCCGUGGCGGUGGGGUUGCAUGGGCGGCAUGUUACCGUCGAGUAA